AAUUCAAAGCACCUGUCUUAACAGGGUGCUAAUUGCAGUGGAGGAGAACAGAGGUGUACCUGUAACUUAAGCUUCUCUGCUGGGUAGUCCUCAGGAAAAGACAAGCAUGCCUGAUGUGGACAGAAGAGAGCUGCAAGAGAAGCAGCUUCUGAACCACAUGGCUGACAAGGAGCAAGGGCUGAUAUCUGGGAGAAACCACCAUGCUGAACAUGUGUCUCAACCUGAGAAGAAGCUCCGGGAGGCUGUUUGUGUGCUGCUGGUGGAGCUGUGUGAGAGAUUCACGUUUUUUGGCAUCGUCUGCAACAUGAUCCUGUUCUGCACUGUCAAGCUCGGCUACCGCAACUACCAGGCAGCCAUCGUCAAUAUGUGCUUUGUAGGCACCUCCAUGCUGACUCCAGUGCUGGUUGGCUGGCUUGCUGAGUGCCUUGUUGGAAGGACCAAGCUUGUGUGCAUCUGCAUGUUUCUUCACUUCCUAGGCACGGCACUGCUGCCUGUUGUGGCAUUCCCCUUUGAAGAUAUUUACUUGGACAGACGUCACAUUCUCCACACGCUGACCAAAGGGGAGCAGAAAGCAGUGUUCUACUUCGCGUUGCUCACAGCUAGCCUGGGAAUAGGAGGCAUCAGAGCUAUAGUUUGUCCCUUAAGUGCCUACCACCUUGAGCACUGUGGACCAAAGGAACUUCUUUCUUUUUUCAACUGCAUUUUGCCUCCAUUACUUGGGCAGCAAGUGAAAACACAGCAGUGUGUCUUGUCUCUGCCUGCAGACAGCUCCCUGCUGACGACGUUGGGGGUGAUCGCCGCGGCGCUGAGAGCGUGCUGCGCGCGGUACCGCUACUUCACUGGGGGCGCAGCAAACUGGCUGGAUCAUGCCAAGGAGAACCAUGGUGGCCACUACAGUGAGAUGCAGGUGGAAAGCACAAAGUUGCUUGCCAAGCUUUUCCCCUUGUUUGCUUUCCAGAUUCUAUACAGAACGUGUGUUAUGCAGAUCCCCUCAGGAUAUUAUCUCCAAACCAUGAAUUCCAACCUGCAUUUCAGUGGCUUUGUCUUGCCAGUUGCAGCAAUGAACGUGGUCAGCAUUGUGCCGCUCCUGAUUCUUGUUCCUAUUUUGGAUUGCAUCAACUCCUAUCUCUUCAGUUCCAAGGCCACUGGGCAUUCUCCAACCAUUUACAUUGUUGUAGGUCAGUUAUCUGCUGCACUUUCCAUGAUGGUUGCUGGCUUCUCUGAAAUACACCGAAAGCAUUUCCCUGAGGUGGAGCAGACACUUUCCAAAGAGGUCCUCCUGGUUUCCUCCAUGCCUUGCUUCCACUUAGCUCCUCAGUACAUCCUACUCGGAGUGGCUGAAGCCUUGGUGACUCCCUCCUGUUCCUUGCUUUCCUUCUGGCUUGUGCCAGAAAGAAUUCGAGGCAUUUCCAUGCAUUUUUUAACUCUCUUUAAUGGAGCUGGCUGCUUUAUGGGAGCUUUCUUGGUUCAGACAGCCCACGCAGGCACUCAAGGUGAUUGGUUUCCACACUUGCUGCACGAAGGCAAAUUGGAGAGAUUCUUCUUCUUCUUGGCUUCCUUAAUGCUGGUGAACACCCUGGGGUUCUGGAGCAUUGCACACAGGUACCACAAUGUGAAUGAGGAGCACACCAACGGAUUCAGAGGAAGUCUUGCUGAAGAAAAGCUUUUGCAGCACCAAAAAGCCAUCAAACAUUAUGGUAGUGUCCUGGAAAGUCCUCCCAUUUGGUCUCCUAUGGAGGAAACCUGAUAAAACUUCCACCUCCUUUAACUACAUUUUGAUUGUGGUACCAACUGGCUUUCUAAGGAUGACUUACUUAGUGUACUCAAGUGUAACUGCCAAUGUGUUUAUGAAUUACUGGGGGAGUCAGAAUGCUAUUUAUGUGUGCAAAAUAAAAGUCAUUGUAGGAUUUGGACUUGUAGAAUGCUGCACUGUUGCCAUGUGCAUCAAGGACAAUGAGAGCUCCCUGCAUGGAAUGCUUAGUAGGGAGAGGCUUUUAAUCCCUGUAAGGAAGAAAGUGUCCAGCUGCAUUUGUGCUUAGCAGUGUUUAACAAAUCCCAGUGUGCAUUUGUUUAGCAGA